UUAAACACGUUUCUUGGCAAUAAAAUCUUAAACACAUUUAAAAACGGAAAAUUCACUAGAGAUCGCUGCAUUCGACAACACUAAUCACAAUAGUAUUCUCUAUAUCAUUAUCCUAGCAGUCUGGUCACGCUUAUUUUGUAAAUGCAUUCGAAAGCCAAAAUAAAUUGUUUUUUCAUCAUUGUGUCGUUUCGUGAAAUAGAAGUUUCUUUUUAGCCCCAUAUUUAAAAAAAAAAAAACACCAGCAACUAAAAAUAAAAUGUCUUCGGGCUCUAAAGCUGCACCUUCAACAAGUGCCGGGACUUCGUCAAAUGCCAACGCGCAAGCAUCAUCGGCACCAACUCCACCAGCCAAUGUUCAGGAGUUCAAUAUACGUGUACCGAAAAACUUACGAAAAAAACAUCAUGUUAUGCGUUUCAAUGCCACCCUAAAUGUGGAUUUUGCUCAAUGGCGUAAUGUCAAGUUGGAACGUGAAAAUAAUAUGAAAGAGUUCAAGGGUGCCGAAGAGGACAUGCCCAAAUUUGGUGCUGGUUCCGAGUACAAUCGUGAUCUACGCGAGGAAGUGCGACGCAAAAAGUUCGGCAUAAUAGCCAAAAAAUAUAGGCCGGAAGCUCAACCUUGGAUUUUGAAGGUGGGUGGGAAAAGUGGCAAAAAGUUUAAGGGUAUAAGAGAAGGAGGUGUUAGUGAAAAUGCUGCAUUUUAUGUAUUCACUCAUGCGCCUGAUGGCGCUAUCGAGGCAUAUCCACUGAAUGAAUGGUAUAAUUUCCAACCUAUACAACGUUACAAGUCUCUGUCGGCCGAGGAAGCUGAACAGGAAUUUGGUCGCCGUAAAAAGGUAAUGAACUAUUUCACUCUUAUGUUGCGUAAACGUCUAAAGGGUGACGAGGAAGAGGAAAAAGACCCCGAAGAGGUUAAAGUUAAGGGUGCUGGUAAAAAGCCCAAAGAACUUAAAAUUAGUGAAAUGGAUGAAUGGAUUGAUUCGGAGGAAGAAUCCGAUUCGGAUAGCGAUGGGGAGGAGAAAAAGAAAAAAGAGGAAGACAGUGACGAUGAGGGCAAGGGCAAAAAGGGUAAAAAAGGCAAAGCUGCAGAAAAAAAGAAAAAGAAACGUGAUGUGGACGAUGAGGCUUUUGAAGAAUCAGAUGAUGGUGAUGAAGAAGGUCGUGAAAUGGACUACGAUACAGAAUCUAGUGAAGAUGAACCUGAUCCAGAGGCAAAAUUAGAUAAAGACAUGAAAUCAGUGGCUGAAGAAGAUGCUUUGCGUAAGCUGUUAACCUCAGAUGAAGAAGAUGAGGAAGAAAAUAAAUCCGAUGAGUCCGAUAAGGAUGAUGAGGAAAAGAAAAAGAAAGAUAAAAACAAAGACGAAAACAAAGACAAAAAGAAAACUAAAAAUAAGGCCAAAGAUGAAAAGAAAGGUAUUAAAGCAGUGCAGUUUUAUAAAAACAAACUCUUAUAUUAA